AUGUUGUCCUGUCGCAUGCCAAUGGUAGUCUCUCCGCGUGAAAGCAAAUGGAAGGGCGAGGAAUUUCUAGCGAGCGGGGGACUGCAGGGUGCCUCGCGAAAAGGCUCACAUUCGGCAGCUCUCUGGCAGUUGUGGGCAGAGACAACGGCGAAAGCCAAAGCAUUGGGCACACACGAGCCGGACGCAGACUUCCCGCAGCCGAAGGAUUUGCUCCGCCAGAAUAAUGCAUUGGGCCGCCGUCGAGCUGGCCACCGCUCAUUCGUGAUGAGCCAGGCUGAGCGUCGGAACUGGACGGUGGAUGCAUCAAAACAAGUGGGCACACCAGACAGUGCGUCAAGUGUUACACAAGGACCAUUGGCGAAGAUGCAGUACGAGGACGGUGCAGGAUUACAGAUGGUUGGACAGCGAUGCGAGGCACGACCAGAUCGCGAUUGCAGCUGCGGAUAUUCCAUGCACUGCGAGCGAACGGCGCCAGGCGUGGAAGGCGCCAAACGUCCGGUCAACUCCUACUCACUUGGAAGCUGCAACGAGCAACGAUGCGACCUCGACAAUCUUGGUUCUGUGCGACAACUACUGAAAAUCGGUGAGCUGGCGUUACGACAAUCGCGCAUCGCAUCCCGGCCACAACCCUUCCAGCCAGCAUUCCUUUGUCGAUCAUGGAUAUUCAAACCUGGCUUCAGAAGACUGCCGACAGGGAACCACCCGACGGACAUGAUGAACACCAUCACGCCGAUCCAGAACCAGUCACCAGUCACCACACCACCCGAUACGCACGGAGACCCCACCGGAAGCGGCUGCGUGCUUCAAGCGAAAGACCGAUUUCUGCCGCGCCGCGACAUUCCCGGCGCAAAGACGAUACACGAGCUUCGAGCUCAGAACGCAUACACCGCCGACCGAUCUCUAUCUCUUCGAAUUCGCGCACGCGAGAAGGACAACUCCCGCAAGAAUAAGCGUGAUGAGGAACCAAGAGCGAAACGGCGAAAGUCACGACGUGGCGCAGAUGGAGCGGCCACGGCGGGUCUGGUCCAGAGCUUCCAGCUGAGAAAUGGGUCCAAGCAUAGCCGAUUGACACUUAAGCCCGACGUGAGCGCUGGAAUCUUCAAGCAUGGCCGAUCCUCCGGACCUGUGGCACCAGGUGUGCCCGAUCUUGUAUUCAACGAGAUGCGAUUCCUGCAAAACCCGAAGGAGCACCAGAACGAGCUCCCGGCAGCAGAGCCACCCAAACAGCCCUUAAACAAAUCCAGAAAACAACUUCGAGAAGAGGAGGUUUCGUCAUUCUUUGCGAACAAACCACCCGCGGAGAAGUGCCUAGAACGUCCGCAUAGUCGAGAGGUUCGUAAGACCACGGCGGAGAAAAAUGCUCGUCGAUCGCAGACCGGCUGCACAAUGCUUGAAAAGCCUCCAAUUGAGCUACCCGACAACCUGUUCCUGGGCUUUGGCAGCAGAGGACCAUCGCACGACAUCUCGGCAGUGCCGAGAGGCUCCAAUAGCGAGUACACAUGGUCCGAAUCGCCUGCACGAGCCGAACGACCCAUCGUUCAACCGCGUCGCCCUUCGAGGCCACCUUCAUCUCGAACUCGGCAGACUAGCCACAUCUCCAACACUGCUGCAUCGAGACCAGGUCAAGCUGCAUCAGGUACCCAUCCAAGCCGGGACCGAGCGAGCGAGCGGUCACAGAGACCUGAUCGUCCAGUGCUAGCUGAAAUACAACCCCAACUCGUGAAUAAUCGAAGGCGACAUACGAACGUCGUGGUGUCAUCAGAAUCUUUGCCGAAGAUUCGCCCGAAACGUAGAGCUACAGCUACUCUCAGCGGUAAUGGUGAUGACACGAGAAGAAGCAGUUUUCACACUUCCGAUAUUUUGAAUCUGGCUGGACCGUGCCACACAGCAUACGCAGCACCUGCACCUCGAGUUCUGCAGAGCGAGUAUGGAGCAACGCAACCUGUCAGCUCGGGCCCGGACAGUGAGGCGUUACGCAAGGCCUUCGAUGCGGUCGUUGAGUCGCAUCGGCAAUCAAGACCGGAGAAUAUUGAUCAGAGAAGGCCGCAGGAACGACACGACAGCUAUGGCGAAGGACAACAUCCACGUGGCACCAUGUUCCAGACACAUGAGAUGAAUGAACAAGCAAGCCAGAGGCCAGGGGAUCCGACGCCACGAUGGGUGCUUCCACAAAGGGGCUUCGGUCGUGCGAGUGAGCACAGUCGCUCUCUUCAGGGUUCCGCCGUCGAUCUCAAUACUGCCAGAAGGACCAUCAGUCGACAGAGCUUAUCGCACGGCCUCUUGCAGCAAACUGCUCACGCGCAAGGGUACAUCGAUUACGACCAGGACGACGACAUGCUUGACUAUCCAUCUGCUGCAAUACCGGCAGCUACUGCUUUCGACAACUACGCGUACCGUAACAGUCGUCAAACUGAAGAUUUGGUCCAUCAGCUCACGUUCGACCAAGAUAAUUGGCCUUAUGCCCACGAGCCAUCUCAGACACAUUACCAAGAAGCUGAAGUUGAACCAUCCGCAGGAGGGCAGCUGUGGACCGAUCUGCCGGCGGACCUAGAGUUUGACGACGAUCAGGAACUGGAGCAAGAGGAGCAAGGAGACACAGUUUCUGGAGGCCGAACAGGCUGUACUGACAAGACCGAUGGGUGCCAGUCGGACAAACCGCAGAGUAUUGAACGAAUGGCUACGACCAUUCCCACCCACAACCCUCAACUUGCAUUCGUCUCAUCACAUACAGUCGUAGCAACCUACCGCAAGCCUGCGCCCUUCAUCCGAUAUCCCACUUCCUUCUCGACCCAACCUCGACAAGUCUUCCUUCCACGAAGCCCAAUGUUUGGUCGUAGCGACUUCCCCAACCUGCCACCCCGUGUUGCAGUCCUUAUCCUCAACCUUGGCUGCAGCUCGAAGCUUUUCGCCAGCAAUCUUCAACCAAGCAUGAAUCUCGCUGAGAAAGAUGUCAAGACCCGGACGCUUUGA